GUGCAGCAGCAGGAACCAGCAGCAGCCAUGCUGUCACUGGACGAGCCGCUGGACUUGAAGCUUCCCUCGGGACGGACGCACGUCCCGGUGAGAUUAGGAAAGAGGGCGUGUCCUUCGUCCAUCUGCGCGCCGCUCAGCACCACACGACCACGCCUGCUGUGUUCCACCUUCCCUUCACCGCCCUCCUCCCCAGAUUCCCAGUCUCCCUCUCAUGAACGACCCGGGUCCUGCUUCACUCCUCCGGCCAUGGACCUCAGCCUGUCCCCGUCCUCCCGCCACGCCUCCUCCCUCUCCCCGUCUCCUUCCUCCCCCUACUCCCCGUCCCCGUCCUCCCCCCUGGAGUCCCCUCACAGCAGCCACAGCCCCCAGCCUCACGUGUUCUCUCGGGAAGCAGCUCGUCAUCAAGCUGUGGAGGGCGGAGCCUCACCGCAGGGGUUCCCCUUCUACCUGCCCAUCGGGAGCCCGUCGAGGAGCUACAGCUUCGCCUCGUCCAUGUUCAUGGGCCAGAGCCGAGAGAAACCAGUUUCACCAGAGCCGUCACUGGACGGUCAGCUCGCCUGCCGCUGGAUGAAAUGCCACCUGCUGUUCGACUCGCUGCAGGACCUGGUGGAUCACAUCAACGACUUCCACGUCAAGCCGGAGAAGGAUUCUGGGUACUGCUGCCAGUGGGAGGGCUGUGCUCGGAACGGGAGGGGUUUCAACGCCAGAUACAAAAUGCUGAUUCACAUCCGCACACACACCAACGAGAAGCCGCACCAUUGUCCCACCUGUAACAAGAGCUUCUCACGCCUGGAGAACCUGAAGAUCCACACCCGCUCACACACAGGAGAAAAACCCUACAUCUGCCCUUAUGAAGGCUGCAGCAAGCGUUACUCCAACUCCAGCGACCGCUUCAAACACACCCGCACCCACUACGUUGACAAGCCUUACUACUGCAAGAUGGCAGGCUGCUUGAAGCGCUACACAGAUCCCAGCUCGCUACGCAAGCACAUAAAGGCCCACGGGCAUUUUGUGGCCCAGGAGCAAGGAGCAAGACUGGGGUCGGGACUGGGCCUGCUCGGGCACCAGAGCGCCGCUGAGCUGCCCUCUGUAGGCGGAGCCCACAUCAUCAUACCCCGGGCUGCUGCAGCUCUUCUCGGGGGUCUCGGAACCUCUUUGCCUCUCUCCGCUUUCUGCCAUGCCAGAGCCCUGGGUCACCACGGGGUACCACUCUUCUCUGUUGGAGGAGGCAGCAGCAUGGGGCCUCUCGGGCUCUCAGACUCCCCUCUGUUGCACUUUGGACUAUCGGCGGCUUCGAUGUUAGGGCUGGGAGUUCUGGGAGGUCUGGGACGGAUCGUGGGGAAGGAGAUGGAAGGAGAAGAACAAGAGGAUGAAGGAGACUUUGGGGAGGUGUUGAACCUGUCUGCAGGGGUGGCGACGAGACGUAAUGACGCUCUGUCCUGGGUGGUUGUCCCCCCGAGGGCGCUCUUACUCAAACCAGCUGUGGUCAGCUAAGAGGUGCACUCUGCAAUUCAAGAAGAACCAGGGAGUGUUUAUUUGUGGUUUUCUUUGUCUGUGAUUGUGUGCAUAUGUCAGGACGUGUGUUUUCUCUACAGAAGUACAUAAGAAAAAAAAAGGUCAACAUUCAAAGUGAGCAAACAAAACCAAACACACUCAGUGUCUGGUCGCACACAAUCUUCUUACACCACGCAUGUUUCAGUUGUCUCACAAUGAAAAGGGAUGAAAACAUGUAUGGUUCAGUCCUGCAGAAGCAUUUUUACCUCCUGAGAUUUUCAAGUGUCCUUCUAAGAUGAAGAUGUACAAUCAGUCAUGGUCGCCAGAGGAUAAAUCAUACUCACUCUUUCCUGUGCCAUAAUAAGGGCAAACAAUCAACAAUGCUAGUCCAAAUUAGCAAAUGUUAGCAUGCUAAUAUGUUAGAGAAAACUAUAUACUUUUUAUCAUCAUAUUAGCAUUGUCACUCUGAGCAUGUAAGCAUGCUCAUGUUAGCAUUUAGCUUAAAGUGACCAUGCUAACAUGCUAUAUUAACCAUUGUACCUUUAACAAUCAUCCUAUUAGCAUUCUCACUGUUAUGCUAGCAAUUAGCAUAAUACGCCCCUUGUGCCUACAGUCAAGAGCCGCUAGCGUAGCUGCAGUGUUAAGAACAAUAUAUUUAACUUAAUUAUAUUUAACGAUAUCCGUUACAAUCCAUUACAUGGAGGUGGUGGCAGAUGUUUUAGAGGAAGAUGUCUCAAAAGCUCAGGAGAUAAAACAUCUGUCUGCUCGGUCUGUUUCCAGAGAAGUGAGGAAAACAUGUUUGAUUCGGGGGAAGUGAUCCUUUCAUAUUUCUUGAUUCAUCCUCAUCUUCUCGUUCAUCUUUGUGAUCAAUAAGUAUUUUCACGACAGACAAUCAAUUGUAUGAGAUUUACUGGACCAGGUGCACCAAGCAUUUUUGCCCUUGUUAUUUUUUGACAACCCCCACUCACUGCUUCACACUGAACAUACAGAUACAAAACAGCAGGAUGGUGGGGCGCAAUGGGAAAUACAGUCCGUGAUGUACAGUUAAUUAAUACGUGUUGGAGACUUCUUCAUGAUCGGCCUGUGCUACAGCCAUUUAUACGUUUCCUUCAGGCAAAGAGUUUGUGCAAUUAAGGGGUUGAAAUUAAAAAUAAGAUUUUUUUUUAAUGAGAUUCGGGAAAAUGACGACAUUUUAGUUACGUGUAGGUCUAGUUGGUCGUGUACUUACAAAGAUUAAAGUCUAUUUAAGUUAUUCAGAAUCAAACCCUUCACGUUCUGACUCGUAGUUCGAUCUUUUAAAGACGUUCACAGUGGAUUUAAUCCGACAUGUGCAAUAUGAAUUAAGAUAACAACCUUAUUGGUUUGACUCACAAGAGCUCCAGCAAACAUUUUAAAUUACCCCCUUGGGGGAACGCUAUAUCUCCGGAGGCCUAUUGCCAUGCUCAUGCUUUCAUGACGCAGUUAUCUCUCUGGGUUACUGAUGGUUAAAUGAUGUCAACUCUCAGCCCUGGUGUUGUUUUGUCUUGACUCAGAGACCUUAACACAGAAGAGAUGUGGGACAUUUACAGCUGAGAUAACAUGACAAAAAGUUGACCAUGUGAUUUUUCAAGUCGCAAUAAGAAAGAACGAGAAAAAGACUGUAUUGACGUAACUGAAUGUAGGUUUGAGUUGAACUCCUUCGCUUGCAGUUUAUUGUAGCUAACUCCUUGCUCUGCUUAUCAGUACAAAGACAAUGAUCUGGAUAAGGUCAGCCCUGCCUUUCCGGCAAAAGGAACUGAAGAACACAUUCUACCAGGAACAACCUAGACAAAGGUGUGUAUUAGGAAGUAAUGGGUACACAUUUGCUUUUGAUAGUUUUCUAAACACAAAAAGGUACAAGAAGAAGCCAAACAAGUGUUUGAAGAGUAUUUUGGAAGGGGACAUGUUUGACAAUGGCCACAAGUGGCCUGUAUCUGUGUUGUUUUAUCUUGUAUUCUUUGUUUGCACAUUGAUUUAUCCUAAUCAGUAUUUCUAAAGUGUCCAAGUGCCUCGUGUUUCAAGUGAAAUAUAUCACACGUUAUAUUGAAAAACAUAUAUUACGCAAAUGUAAAGUGUAUGAAUCUACUUUUCAUUACAUUUUAGAGAACUGAAUUUUAAUAGGUUGACAACAGAUGUGAUUUGCACAUCAGGGCCGCUGCAACACUUUUUAAAGACGUCACCGGUGUUGACUUUCACGACGACUCUGUGAAAAUAAACACCAACAAAUGAAAGAAAAUCUG